CUCAUUUUUUUAAAGAUCUAUUCUUUAUCAGAAAUGAACUUUGCCAUGCAGACAACUGCAAUCGAGAUUAUUUAGAGACAGGAAAUUAUUUACCUGAUAGGUAAUAAGGCGAUAAAAAAUUGUUUCGCUUCUCCACAGCGAACCAAGCCUAAUUUCAACUGCAUUUAAAAAUUAAUAAAACUUUCUAUAAAACUUAAAUAAUUAAUGUUUCGGCAUUGAAUACAUAAAGGAUGAAGAUAUUAUUAGUUCUUUUUGCCUUAGCAGUUCUAGUUCAUUCUGAACAUCAUGAGGAUGACCUUAAAUGUAAUUUCAGAAUAUGUGGGGCAGAACUGCUGAAUUUUGAACACUUUGGAAUUUCUAGUAUAUUUAGGAAAGUAGAAAUUGGUUCAUUUUGCAUAAGAAAUUGCACUCCGCCAGUAGUCCAUGAAUUUUUCCAAAGCAUUAUAUUUGGUAUAACAAGACGAAUUCCGAACCAUUGCUCUGGGGAAGGCUGUGCGGAAAAAAAUAGAUUCGUGGCACUUGCUAAAUGCGCCAAAGAAAAGGCUUGGCCGUUGUUACAAUGCAGUAAAAGACUAAUUGAUUUGGCUCACAUCGGUUUAUUGGAUUACUCUGACGUGGAAAAAACAAAUUCAACUUGCAGUAUUGUUGUAGAUACAACCCAAUGUAUCGAGGAAAUUCUUCAGACAUGUGGAGAGCAGCCAUUCUCCCUCGUAAAAGAAAUAUUUGGCGAUGUCGUUAAACUUGGAGUCAAUGCUUACUGUCACCCUGCUUUUAGGGAUAAAUCCUUUAUUGAACCACCUUCAACUAUUGUGCCAUACGAAGAGCGAAUGAAGCACUUUACAGACAUAACUCCAAUGCCUGGAAAACAUCCAUAUCCGCAAUUCGUCAAAGGAUACCGUAAAGGAAAUGCAGCUGUGAUGUCACAGAAUAUUUUGAGCAUCAUUGCCAGUGUCGCAAUCAGCAUAUUUCUCUUCCAUCAGUACUAGUACAGAAAAUGACCAUCAAUUUCAAUGUACUGAUUUCAGUUUUGUAAAAUUUGUUGCGACACUUAUUUUUCAUUCAUAAAUAUCGUUGACAUACCAGUCUCAAGGAUUUGAGGCUUUCUUUCUUUCAAUUGAGAUUUCAAAAAUAUAUAUUUUUUUUUGUUACUUCAAUCUUUAUACAAUAAAAAGUAUCACCUUUGACUCAUCAGAAAUUCGGCUUUUUUAUUGUCAAAGUUGUACCUGUAUUAUGCAAGAAGUUAAAAAAAAAAACAAAUAUAUAUAUAUAUAUUAUAGAAAGCUGUGCAAUUUUUGUUGAUUAGUAUUUUGGAAAUUUAGUUUAGUUUAAGAUAGAAAAUGUUUUGCAUUCUACAUUAGAGAACUUAUAAGAUCAUUCUCUGAAGCUUAUAAAUUCAAUAUUUUUUUUUUUCAUUGCGUUCACUAAAUUGUCUGCUUCAAAUGUUAAUUGGAAGUGAAAUUUAUGAAUUAAUGAAGAGCUCCAUGACAAAACCAAGUAGUAAUCCAAAAGGAUAAAGUGAAUAGUAAACUUGUCUACUUGUGUCACAAUUAUAUGAUAAAUAGAAGUUGCAACUAAUUACUCAAAAGAUAAUUGAUGCUGUUAUUAAGUUGAAUAUGUUAAAAAGGAAAAAAAAAAGAACUAUUCAGCUAUUAAUUAAACAAAAUGAAUACUUUUAGUAAAGAGAAAUAACCAUGAUAAAAGGGAAUGUUAAGUUUCAUGAUGUUCUUUUCAUUUUUUCUUAAAAACAUUGUCAUGUAUUGUACUUCUUCAUUCCUGUAUAUAUAUGAGAAUAAAUAUUUUUUUACCAUU